UACUUAGGGCAACUCCUAUAGCUUAUCAAAAAAAAAAACAAAAAAAAACAGCAACGACGUCAUGGAAAGAAAACACUUGCAGUUUCAUAUUAAGGCUCAGCAUGGCAACUGAAGGGCGACUCACAAAAAUCACAGAUACACGCAAUCUGAGGGAUCUGCAGAGCCUGUAUCUGAAGGAUUGGCCCAGGCAUUGCGUGGGUUACUACUGGCUGGAUAACUAUUUGAGAUGGCUUGCCAAAGAUCCCUACUUAAAACAUUUACGUUUUUUAACCCUAGAUAAUGACUGGCAAAGCGAUGGCUUGUUUUUAGUGUUGCAUCGCUAUCAACUAUUUUUUAGCAACCUGAGCAGACAAGAAUCGCAUCUAAAGCUGGCUCUGAGCUUGUUAGACUGGUCAGAAGGCUUCAAAGUCAGUGCUAUACACGAAAUGCAUCACAGGAUCUACAAGGAGCUGGUGGCAGAGCUUAGCCUGACCAUGGAUCGUGAAAUGAACACCAUUAUGUAUAUUCUAAGUUGCGAAAAGGCCCAGAAAUUGAUUAUAGAGUGUCCAAAAGGUUAUUUUAUGGAUAAAGUGAGGCUAGAGCAUGCAGAGCUUAUAAAUAAUUUAUGGUCAGCCCGACAUCCUGGCUCCUUGAAGCUCAUAGAAAUGUUAAUUGAAAAUAAUAACAAUAUAGGUUUAUAUGAAGAAGAAACAGGUUUACUUUGCUCUUGGUGUUUAAGACUUCAAAGUGGCUUCCUGGGUGCCUUGGAGGUCAUUCCCACCCAUCAACGUCGCGGCUUGGGCUUGGUAGUUGCUGCUGCUAUUUCCAAAGCUAUAGCCACCGAUCUUCAGCAGGAUGUAACGGCCUUAGUAAAUAUGAAUAAUGCAGCUGCCUGUCGGUUAUUCGAGAAACUGGGCUUUCAGUUAAUGUCUGGGGAACACUACUACUGGAGCAUGAUCCGGCCAAAGGGUGGUGGUCAGAUAUCUUGGCCCAACAAUGAAUAAUACCUAAGCCAGACGGCAAUUAGCCAUUUAGAGAUAGAGAAAACCAGAGAGAUGCAAUUGCGUAAAGACCUAGACCUAGACAUCCAUAAAGCUCACUUGAAGAUAAUAUUUUUUUUUUGUAUAAAUUGGAUCAC